CGCAAUCGUUAGACGAGCGGCCGAGAAUUCAUCGCGAAUCCAGCUUCGAUUACGAAACAAAAAUUGUGCGAUAUCGUUCGCGAGAAAGGUAUAUUUAUCGUGCGGUCAAUUCGUUGGAACACGAGCGAACGAGGACCAAGACAGAAUUUUAAUUCGCUAUCUUCCGUCAACGUUUCCAUAGCCGGAAGUCGAGUCGAUUUAUCGAUUUCGCCGGCUAAUAUCGCGCAAAGCUGCUCGCGUUUCCGCGUUUGACGAGCCGUGCAUAUUUGCACGGUCCCUCGGGCCGUGCGCAGAAAUAUACCACUACUAAUGAGUACUUCUCCCGAUAGGAAUUAUCAGUCGUGCAAUAACGAUGUUCGCGUGAAUGCCAGGUCCAUGAAUAGUUCCGUGAAAAUCGCUCGAGCUCCACUUUGAAAUCGCCAAGUGCCGUAGACAUCGCGUUAUUCGAUCUGUUAUCCUAGCUAUGGAGAAUCUGCGGUCUCUCGAUGUAGUCGAUGCGAUCCUUUGCGUAUUUCCUCGAGUAUAUUCUUCGGUUGAUAAAUUGGCCCGUUCGAUUCCUGAAAAGACGUAUUCACGAGUUCGUAAAUCGAUAUUAAUUUGUAUCGAUUGGACGCCAAGUGUACGGCCUUACGAGGAUCCAUGAAUCGACGUGCAGCUCUCUAAUAUCAAAAGGAUCUCGCACGCUUGUGUUAUCCCUUUCCUGAGCUCUAUUCAUGCCUCGUGGUCGCAUUUGAAGCGGGACUUCCGAAGACCAUUCGCAUCGUCUGAUCCUCUUACGUGUUUGCGAGGCACAAGAUUUUCUCAUGCAGUCCUGUUAGUCGCAUAAGGAUUUCUCCUUGCUGUCUUCUUCUCUGACGGGGGCUAACACCAGGGAAACAACAUCAAUUGGUUGCCGAAGGUCGCCGACCGAUCUUUUUCUUACGAGUUCUCGAUACGCCAUCGUUUCCUCCGUCAUCGUUUCGAAUAUUAAAAACGUGAGUAGCGUGGAAAUAGUUGUUUUUCAAGCCGCAGGCUAAACGAGGUGUCGUAAAAGUCGGAGCAGCGACUGAUGCGAUGAGUCAGAAUUGGGGGAUGAGAUCUCGAGGGACCAGUUGAGGUUGAUCCGACUAUAUUAGCUAGUAGGGUUUCUUACGGUAUUAUCAAGUUGCAAAGGGAGGCUCCUGGUCGAUGGCGAAGCUCGAGGAAAAACUAGGGAAAGGAAGUAGAAGUAGAGGUUGAAACCGGAGGACCCCGGAGACCAAUUUGUCCAACGUUUACGUUCUAGCUCUUGACUCUUGCGUUAGACGGAUUCGGCUCGUCUCCCGUUAGAGCCUACUCUGCAAACCGAGGUCGCCCGAGGUUAGAAAAAGGGGAGAAAUUGCGCGGUUAACGAAAGCAAGAGUGACCAACGCCGCUUCGAGUCGAGGAGGGCAUCGACUCCAAAACGUUGCGUUGCGACUAUGGUUGGAUGAAAAUUAAUUGCCGUUCGAGGCCACCGAACAAUUACUACCACCGUACCGUUCGCCUAUCCGAACGAAUUCUCUGCGUUCAGCGACAGGCGUUGGCAAGAUCGAUCGCUCGUUCGACGAUCGAACGAGAACCCACGUUGUCCGCGCGAUAGAGUCGUCGACGUCAGGCAAAGAAGGAUCCCAAGCCAAGGAGAAAGCGUGACUCGUUAAUGUCCUUAUUCGAGCCGUGCACCGUGAUUACGUCGGUCCGUCGAUAUUCUUGCAUGACCUAAUUUCCGUCCUGCAACCCCCUCGUCCUACCCCGCCACCUACCCUCUCCCACCGCUCAACGAAACAAUAGCGAGUAAUACUUAUUGCACAAAUAAUUAUCCCCAGCUAUGCGUGUCCCUUUGUUGAUUUUUCAGCUUCGUCAAACCGGCUUUUAUUAGCGGCGUACAUUGGACGCGUGCGUGCCACCUACACACACACGUACGCAUACACAAGCCAGCUUUAGGGAACAUCCCUUCCCCUACCUGCCGACAUCACCUCCUCCACCUCCUUCUUCUCGCCCCACAGAGAUUUACCCCGAAGCUUUUCAAUAUACCUGCCGACGGGUAUUGUUAAUGCAACACAGCCAGGAGUGAGAUUAUUGUCCUGACAGGCAGACCGUUCCAUUUCCUUCCAUCAAUCUUUCUCUUUGGGUUGCUGGCGCGAUGACGCCCGGCACGCCGAGGCCGAUUCAUAUUUUGCAACGGCUCGGCGACGACGACAACGGGCACAAUGCGAAAUUUAGAACGAGCGCGAACGUGGUAAUCAAUGAGGUAACCCGGGAUCCGCGUACCUCAUUGGUUAUUCCGCGACAAGACGCGCAUGACAGUUCCUCUCUGCCACUCUCUCUUCCGCUCGUCGAGCGCAAGCUCUCGGUCUCCGUCGCGUCGUUUCUUCCUCCGAUUCCACCCUCGCCCUCAACCGCGCAACUCUCUUUUCCCUUUCGGUACGUUUUUCGCCCUAUCCCUACCCGACCUUCGCGACAAAAGUGCAUUAUUGCGCCACAGCCAAAGGGGAUAAUGUACUCCGGUCGCGCUCUCUUAUUUCUCCAUUAAUCGCGUUCUCCUGUUGUUCUCCGUUAAUCAUGCUCGUGAAUUUUAUUCCAUUUCGGCCGGUUAUGAAUUAACUACUUAAGAGCUUGUACGAAAUUUGUACGGAAAUGUAGCUCGCGAUAUACUCGUAACAUUCGAUCCACCGAUCUCCUCCAAAUCGUCGCAAAAUAAUGCGCGAACGGUACAAACGGCAAUGCUAUAUCCAUUUUCGACGAACGUAAUAUCACGAAGAUUCGGUCUUAAAUCUGUACGCGACGAAAGUAAUAUUACGAAAGUGGACCAUAAGAGGCUAGAAAACUAGAACUCGAAACCGGAGGUACAAGAAUCGCGGGAUCAUUGGGGAACGUAUCGAGUAAAUGUUUUGUUGUCGAGCAGAUUUUUAAUCGAAUUACGUAUCAACCAACGUUCCUUUCGUUACAUAGUUUUCAAUAACUUGAACGAGCCCCAGGGUUAAUCGCUUAUAUCGCGCAAACGCUCGUUGCCGAGAGAUUUUUAAUUCCGAGCGAACGCGGUACCGUGUUUGUUAGCCUCUCAACGGAAACGGUAUUAAUUAAUGGAAUGGCGAUCCACUUUAAGAACUACUUAAGAUCCGUUCCAUAGUACCGUAAUAUGGACGAUUAAACAAAUUAUAAAUUCCACUUUGCGUUAAUAUUAUUCGUGGACUUCUCAACGUCGGUUAUCGAAGUAAUAAGUAGCAUAUUUCGGGAAUGAAAUUUCUCGAACGUUUUCUGAGCUUUGGAAACGAUCUUCGUUGAUGCACGAUCUAUCGAUCGAUGGAUACAAAGAAAAACGAAUACCGAAAGGCACGAUGGAAUUGUUACGUAUCCGUUGCAAAAAAAAUAAAUAGAAAGCGAUAAGUAUCGAUUAUUUGUUUCUAUUUGUUUUCUCGGUACGAUUAAAAACUCCUCGAGAAUGUGUACGCUUCGAUAAGAUACCUAAUUUCGAAAUCAGAUCCGAUCAACGCAAUCCGUGCGUACCAACGAUGCACUCGUGUGUACUCGAGUAAGGUGCACGAAUACGCCAUCAGGUGUCGGUAGCAGCGAUUUCAACGGGCGCUUUAAAUUUCAUGCGACGCGUCUUUGUAAACACGCGUCCCUUUCUGUCGGCUGUCGACUUGUCGCCAGCAACCAGGCGACAGCAUCUCGGAACGUCUCUUUGAACCUAUUUUCGAUCGUCUCCUUCCCGUCAAGCGUCGCUUAUUCGAGAUCGAAAGUCAUCGCGCGUCUUUAAGGAAACAAACCAUUUUUAGAGUGUCUUACGGAGCUGGUAUUUCACUUUGAGAAAAUGAAGUGUUCGGUUGACAGCCAGGAUUGAUGGUAACAAGGCUUGUACGAAGCUCGGCGCAUGCAUCGGCCAGUGCAUAAUCGUAUUAGAUUGUUCUGUGAGAAUAGUGGUUAAAGUCGUUCGAGAGAGAGAUGCAAUCAAGUACGGUUUUAGCUGGAUUCUCAGUAUAACCGUCGUCAUCGUACGGGUACGAAAAUGUGAUUGCUGUUUUCGUGCGAUACUUAAAUGUUUCGGAGUUCAUGCUUUCUAAGAUUUACUUACUGGGCAUGAAUGGACAGGUGCAGCCCUCAAGGGAGAGGUUAGAUCGUGUCCCCAACAUACAGCUUGCAGCUACGAACAAUGGAUUACCCAUGGAUGAUUCCAAUGUUGCAACAGAGGUUGACAGCAAAGUGAAAACAAAACUAUUGUCUAUGUGGAACAACGUCAAAUAUGGCUGGACCAUUAAGAUGGUAAAACCAAAUUUUUCAAAAGAAUCUCCGGUAUGUUUGCUUGGCAAAAUUUAUCGCAAGAAGCCAGAAGAGUUCCUAGAGAAGGCUUCAGAAGCAGAAAAAUCAUUGGAUACAGGGAGCGAAAUAUCGUUAGCAAUGGAUGCUAUUAGUUUCGAAGAUAGUAUAGAAGAAUUUAAGAAAGACUUUGCAUCUCGCCUUUGGUUGACAUACAGAAGAGAGUUUCCUAUUUUAAACGGAUCUACGUUCACCACCGAUUGCGGUUGGGGUUGUAUGCUACGCAGUGGUCAGAUGAUGUUGGCACAAGCACUGGUCUGCCAUUUUCUUGGAAGAGAAUGGCGGUGGCAUCCGGAUCAAUUGAUACAAACAGAACAACAAAAAUUAGACGAAUAUAAUCACAGAUUAAUUAUAAAAUCGUUCGGAGACUUACCCGAACGUAUAUCUCCAUUUUCUAUACAUACGCUCGUAUCCCUGGGUGCAUUAUGGGGAAAACGCGCAGGAGAUUGGUAUGGGCCAUCCUCUGUUGCUCAUCUGUUAUGCCAAGCGGUAGAGCAUGCAGCGGAACAUCAUUCAGUAUUCAGUAACUUGGCUGUUUAUGUUGCUCAAGAUUGUGCAGUUUAUCUACAGGAUGUGGAAAAUGUAUGUCAAACAUCCGACGGCAAAUGGAAAUCUCUCAUACUUUUUGUACCUUUACGACUUGGUGCUGACAAAUUAAAUCCUGUCUAUACGUCUUGUUUAACGCAUCUCCUUACAUUAGAUACCUGCAUUGGAGUUAUCGGCGGUCGACCUAGACAUUCGCUUUAUUUUAUCGGUUUCCAAGAAGAUAAAUUGAUUAAUCUAGACCCACAUUAUUGUCAAGAAACUGUCGAUGUAUCCAAAGACAAUUUCACUUUGACGAGUUUUCAUUGUACUUCGCCGCGAAAAAUGUUGAUAUCAAAAAUGGAUCCCAGUUGUUGCGUGGGAUUUUAUUUUCAUAAUAAAAUGCAUUUCACAAAUUUUAUGGAGAUAGCUCCCUCCUAUUUGGUGCCGGAAGAUGAAAAAGUCGAUUAUCCGAUGUUUUUAUUCUGCGAAGGGAGCGGAAAAGAUCUCUAUCAAAAAAUUGACAUCGCUGAAAACAUUAUUCCUACUGCUACCUCUUUCACAGGUAACGAGUCGUACGAUGACGACCUCGACGAGUGCGAAGAAUUUGAAUUAGUUCAGUGAGACGUUUAUCGCUGAGGUUUAAAUAUCUCUUAAGUACUUAAAGACAUUCAUCGAUAGUUUUUGGAGAAGAAUACAUUAAUCGGAAUUCUCCGUUCAUUCGUCCAUACGUGUACAAGAGAAAAACCAAUUGAUAACUUUAGUAGACGCAGAACUUUGGGUAAUUAGGCAGUUAUAUAUUUCUUCACUGUAAUGAAUUCGCGCAGCAAACAAAGUUUAAGAUCUUAACGUGUCCAUUAAAUAGCAUGGAUUAUAGCGUACCAAAUAUUUUCCAUUCGCGAUAAAAGGAAAUUAUAUAGACUUCGAAAACGUUAUCAUCCAUACGUAAUUCUGUGAUCGUAAUUUAAAUUAUAUUUGGAUAUGUUGCACAAUUUUUCUCGUUUUGUUUCGUGAUCUCAAAAAUAAUUGCUUUUAAAAAUUAUUAGAAAUUAAUUUAGCAUACAAUUUACAGUUACUUGAAUCAUUUCACGGAGAAUGAUUCAUUUAUUUGAAGCGUUCCGAACGAUGAUCGCGUCAAGACUUGCGUAGAUCGUAAGUUUACAGUUUUGCUAUGAAGAGUGAUUUUUAUAAACAUUUCUCGAUUCCUUAAGGAAAUGUUCCUAAUAUAACUUAUUUUGUAAAGCAGCAAUAUUAGAUUUUUUGCAAUAUACCACAUGACCAAUUUUCAUUUUGUCGUUAUAUCGAAGGUGUUUGCGUAUUAUAUAUCGAAUCACGCAUACCUAUAA